AUGGCACCCAAUAUCCGAAAAUCACACCCCCUAUUAAAAACAAUCAACAACUCAUUAAUCGACCUCCCAACCCCAUCCAACAUCUCCGCUUGAUGAAACUUCGGCUCCCUACUAGCAGUAUGCCUCAUCACUCAAAUCUUAACCGGCCUCCUACUAGCCAUACAUUACACUGCAGACACCACUCUUGCAUUCUCUUCUGUGGCCUACACAUGCCGAAACGUACAAUACGGUUGACUCCUCCAUAACCUCCAUGCGAAUGGCGCCUCAUUCUUCUUCAUCUGCAUCUUCCUACACAUUGGACGCGGCCUAUAUUAUGGUUCGUACCUAUAUAAAGAAACCUGAAAUACAGGAGUAGUCUUACUUCUCACCCUCAUAGCAACAGCCUUUGUAGGCUAUGUCCUCCCAUGGGGACAAAUAUCAUUCUGAGGGGCUACCGUCAUCACAAACCUAUUCUCAGCAAUCCCCUACAUUGGUCAAACCCUAGUAGAAUGGGCCUGAGGGGGAUUCUCAGUAGACAACCCAACCCUCACCCGAUUCUUCGCCCUCCACUUCCUCCUCCCCUUCAUAAUCGCAGGAAUUACAAUCAUCCACCUCAUAUUUCUGCACGAAUCAGGCUCAAACAAUCCUCUUGGCAUCUCAUCAAACGCUGACAAAAUCCCAUUCCACCCCUACUACUCUAUCAAAGACAUCCUAGGUCUAACAAUCAUACUAACCCCCUUACUCACAUUAACCCUAUUCUCACCUAACCUCUUAGGAGACCCAGAAAACUUUACCCCAGCAAAUCCACUAGUAACCCCCCCACACAUUAAACCAGAGUGAUACUUUCUAUUUGCCUACGCAAUCCUACGCUCAAUCCCAAACAAACUUGGAGGUGUCCUAGCCUUAGCAGCAUCAGUACUCAUUCUUCUCCUUAUCCCCUUCCUUCAUAAAUCUAAACAACGGGCAAUAACAUUCCGGCCACUCUCACAAACCUUAUUCUGACUCUUAGUAGCAAACCUCCUCAUCCUAACCUGAGUAGGAAGCCAACCAGUAGAACACCCAUUCAUCAUCAUUGGCCAAAUAGCAUCCCUUUCCUACUUCACUAUCUUACUAAUCCUCUUCCCCUUAAUCGGAGCCCUAGAAAACAAAAUACUCAACCUCUAA